AUGGCCGCGGUCAGGGCUCUGGUGGCGCCGAGACUGGCUUCUGCGCUCUUACCGAUUUCGGGAAGCCACCGGCUUCCCUCCCAGCGCUCAGCCCUUCACGGCUCCGCACCGCGGCCCGGGGCCAGGGUGGCAUUGGUGCUGUCGGGCUGCGGAGUCUAUGACGGGACCGAGAUCCACGAGGCCUCAGCGAUCCUGGUGCACCUGAGCCGAGGCGGGGCUGAGGUCCAGAUCUUUGCUCCUGAUGUCACUCAGAUGCAUGUGAUUGACCACACCAAGGGGCAGCCUUCUGAGAGCGAGAGCAGGAAUGUUUUGACCGAGUCAGCCAGGAUUGCUCGAGGCAAGAUCACCAGCCUGGCCCAGCUCAGUGCUGCCAACCAUGAUGCCGCCAUUUUCCCAGGAGGCUUUGGAGCUGCCAAAAACCUGAGCACGUUCGCCGUGGAUGGGAAGGACUGCAAGGUUAACAAGGAAGUAGAACGCGUCCUGAAGGAAUUCCAUGGGGCCAGGAAGCCCAUUGGUUUAUGCUGCAUCGCUCCUGUCCUCGCAGCCAAAGUGAUCAAAGGUGUCGAGGUCACCGUGGGCCAUGAGCAAGAGGAGGGCGGCAAGUGGCCUUAUGCUGGAACUGCAGAAGCCAUCAAAGCCCUGGGUGCCAAGCACUGUGUGAAGGGGGUGACCGAAGCUCACGUAGACCAGAAAAACAAGGUGGUCACGACCCCGGCCUUCAUGUGUGAGACCGCUCUCCACCACAUCCAUGACGGGAUUGGGGCCAUGGUGAAGAAAGUGCUGGAACUCACAGGAAAAUAA